CAAAUCAUGUUUAAUUGAACGUGCUAGUUGUGGACGUACAAUCCGAUGACUGCCAUGAACAGCUAGCUCUGUUCAAUGAUUACUCAGUGUUGACAGAUGUGUAUUUGUUAAAAGUAAUCUUAUUAUACAGUUUAGAAGGUCCCAUGGACACUCCAACAAAAGUAUUGUGUGGGAUAUGUGACGCCCAGCAUAUCACGAAAAUUGCAGAUUUCUGGUGCCCGGAGUGUGACGAUGGUCUCUGUGAUAAAUGUAAAAGCCAUCAUAGCUUUUCCAAAGCAAGUCGACAUCAUGACGUUAUUUCAAUUGAGGACUACAGAAAAUUGCCCACUGAAAUUUCAAGUAUAAUGCACCACUGCACCGAACAUGAGAAAAAUCUUCAAAUGUACUGUCCCCGUCAUGAUCAACUUUGUUGUCUUUUAUGCAUUUCAACAAGUCAUAAAGAUUGUACGGGGAUGUUACCCAUUGAGGACAUUGCGAAAACGUCUCAAUCUAGUGGUUUAUUUGAAAGUUUGCAGAACUCAUUAGAAGGCAUGAAAAACAACAUUGAUAGAAUAGUCCAAGACAGACAAACAAAUCUUACAAACAUAAAAGCACAGCGACAAAAAAUUUAUGAUGGACUCAAACAACUACGCAAAAGAAUAAACUGCCAUCUUGAUAAACUAGAAAAAGAAACCAUUAAACAGUUAUGCACAGCUGAAUGUGAUAUGAAUAUCAAAAUUGAGGAUCUGUUAAAAGAACUUCAGGAGAAAUCAGAUAGGAUAGCAGUGUUACAAAAUAACAUUUCAUAUCUUAAGAAUCAUGCAUCGGACUUACAAAGUUUCAUAGGAAGCAAAAAGCUCCAGGAGAAGAUCGAGUCUGAAGAGACAUAUAUUCAGUCAUUAACAGAAGAUGGCCGCUUGAAACAGCUUUCCUUGAAAUGUGCUCAAAAUGAGUUUAUUGAGGAUUUACUCCUAAACAUCACGUCAUUUGGACUGAUAUCGAUGGAAACUAGUCCACCAACUGUUGUGAUCAAAUUGGAAAAGAUCAAACAAGCUCAGAUAAUGUCUGCCAGCGUGAUUCCAGAACCUGUCGACGAUAUGAAUGCUACAUUCUCUGGUAUGAUUAACAAUUCAACAGACAAUAUUGGUCCAAGAGUGGAUGUCAAAAGAACAAAAAAAGUGGACCCAAGACCAUGUAGUGUGUGCUUUACAACAGGUUUCUGCCAGUGCAGCAGAUGUAAGACGCCAUACUGUAGUGAAGAAUGUCAGAGAUCUGACUGGGACAAACAUAAACACUUGUGUCAAGAUCUAAGCAAAUGAAGACUAAAUUACAAGAAAGUACAGGUGGUAGUGGAAUACAACACAAACACAGAUUCACAGAAGACCCCGAACAAACACCAUGGACAGAAAAGUCCUAAAUCUUCAGAUGGUUGUGUCAGAAACAUAGUUUUUCUCUUGGGCUAAUAAA